CGGCUGCGCCCGGACUGACACGGCCGCGCGGAGCGGGGGGGGCUGCGUGCUGGGUACGGGGGGGGUGGUAUCCCGGGGGCUGGCGGGGCUGCGUCCCGAGGAGUAAUGGGGUUCAAUCACGCGUGCCGGGUGGGUGCAUCCCGGGUAGCGGAGGGGUUGCAUCCACAGCCGGCAGAUGCGUCCGGGGCCGGGGGAGGAUUUGCGCUGUGGGGGCACGGGGGGGGGGGUCUGCGUCCUCGGCUGGGGUAGAUCGGCACGUGGGGGCCGUACCGCGGAGGUGCAGCUGGGUUUGCUGUACCGGGGAUGCAGGCAGGGCUCAGCGCUUCCCCAGCAGAGCGCGAUGUGACCCCGGGGCACCGCCAUGGCCCUGCUGCCUGCUGGACGGGCCCGGCAGCACCGCACAGCCCGGGGGGAGCGCGGCGAGGAGGAGGCGGAGGAGACCCCCCCGGCACCGCUCGGCACUCGCUGCAGAUGAGUGCCCCCACCCAGGGGCUCGCAGGACGUCGGCGAUCACUCGGCACUGAGGGCGGCGCGGAGACAUGAGCGGCAGCACGAGCCAGCGUGCCGCCGUCUUCGUGCUUCUCUUCGCCCUGCUCAUGCUGCUGAUCAUCUACAGCUCCAGCAGUGGGACCGAGGUGUUCCCCUACAGCGCGCUGCGGGGCAGAGCCCGGCGGCCACCAGACCUGCGGCACUGGGGGGUGAGCAGCGGGUACCUGCCCGUCUCCGGGAACAAGAGCCUGACUGCCCACUGCCACCAAUGCGCCAUCGUCACCAGCUCCAGCCACCUCCUGGGCACCCACCUGGGCGCCGAGAUCGACCAAACCGAGUGCACCAUCCGCAUGAACGACGCUCCCACCUCCGGCUACGAGGCCGAUGUGGGCAACAAGACCACCUUCCGCGUGGUGGCCCACUCCAGCGUCUACCGCGUCCUCAAGCGGCCCCAAGAGUUCGUCAACAAGACCCCGGAGACCGUCCUCAUCUUCUGGGGGCCGCCGGCCAAGAUGCAGAAGGGGCUGCUGAAGAUCAUCCAACGCGUCGGCGCGUCCUUCCCCAACAUGACGGCCUACGUCGUCUCCCCGCGCCGCAUGAAGCAGUUCGAUGAGCUCUUUCGGGGGGAGACGGGGAAGGACAGAGAGAAGUCGCGCUCGUGGUUGAGCACGGGUUGGUUCACCAUGGGGAUUGCGGUGGAGCUGUGCGACACCGUCCACGUCUACGGCAUGGUGCCCCCCAACUACUGCAGCCAGCGGCCACAGCCCCGCCGCAUGGCGUACCACUACUACGAGCCCAAGGGCCCCGAUGAGUGCACGACGUACAUCCACAACGAGCGCAGCCGCCGCGGCAACCACCACCGCUUCAUCACCGAGAAGCGCGUCUUCGCCAGCUGGGCCGCCCCCUACAACAUCACCUUCUCCCACCCCACCUGGCCCUAGGGUGGCUGCGCCGAUCACGGAGCCCUGGGGUUGGGGUCCCUUUGAUUCGGGGUCCCUUUGAUUCAGGGUCACCUCGGGAUGGGAUCCCCUUGGCUUGGGGUCCCAUUGGGAUGAGGUCCCCUUGGUGCAGGGUCCCAUUGGGAUUUGGGGUCCCCUGGGGAUGCGAUCUCUGUGGGAUGAGGUCCUCUUGGUUCAGAGUCCCCUUGGCUUGGGGUCCCCGUGAUUCAAGGUCCCCUUGGCUUGGAGUCCCCUUAGUUUUUAGUUUGGGGACUCCUUGGCUUGGGGUCUCUUUGGGAUGGGGUCCCCUUGGUUCAGGGUCUCCUUGGGAUGGAGCCUCCUUGGUUUGGGGUCCCCAUUGCUCAGAGUCCCCUUGGUUUGGGAUCUGGGCUGCACCGUGCACCCCAGGGCUGAUGCAGCCAUCAGGGCCAUGUGCCAUCACUGUGCCCAAGGGCUCUGCACAGCCAUGACAUUAUGGGUUUGGGGGUGUCACGUCCCUCCUGCAGGACAUGGGAACAUCGCCCAGGUUAGGUCCUGCACGGUCCCAGCUCAGACCCUCCCUGGCUGCGCUGCAGCCCAUCACCCUGAGAGCACACGGGGGGUGCAGGUGCAUGCUCCCCUUUGGCUGGCAGAGGG